AUGCAUCUAUCUCUUUCUCUCGUUGCAGCUCUCGUCGCUGCUUCAGCAGCCUUCAGAAUCCCCGAGGGCGCAACCGACGGCACCUAUCUAGCCUACUACGACGAGUCGGGCAAUGAGGUCCACGUCAAAGACCCCAAUCCCAUCACUGUGGCCGGCCUCGCCUCGGCUGACACUCAGGCGCGAGCCGUGAAGAGGCCUGGCCUCUCUCGGGUCCGCCGCUCCCCGGCCCCCAGCGAGCUCUUCGAGCGUGCGGCCACAGUGUGGUGCGGCUGCGGCAACUUCUUGAACAACAUCGACUGUGACCGCGCCGUCCAACAGAUCAAGAACGAUAUCAAUGCUGCAGGCGGCCAGUCCGACGUUGGACCUGGCCUCGCGUGGUACAAGAUUAGCGGCAACGUUGUCGUGUUCCUUUGCGGCCGUGGGCCUGGCAGUGGCCGCAUCACCGAGGCUAGCUUCGCUGCGGGUCUCUCGACUAUCACGAGCGCUUGUGGCUACUAUGUCGCCGGAACCAUCGAGAAUGGCAACCUUGACGUCGGCUACAUGCUCAAUGAUCCCAAUGUUUGGUUCUGCAACAGCGCCCGAGGGUCUAGCGUGCAUCAGUGCUAG